GUUGGGAAGUAUACGAGCUUCCGCAUUCAGAACCCUCGCUUCCCAUUAUAGCAACCUCAUCACAACCACGAUGUGACCUACGAUGAACACAGUGCGCUUUCACCAACUAUAUCGAAAGAUAUAAAAAGAGCUCACUCGGCCAUCUACCGUCACUCAUCUCAAAUGAUCAAGCAAUCACUCCCAAGCCCUAACUACAACUAAACUAUUCGCUCAUCAACUCUAAACCUGCUCAUCCAUCCUUCAUCAAAAUGACCAAAAUCAUCGCCAUCCUCGGAGCCCUUGCCACUCUUGCUCUCGCAGCUCCAUCUCCUGCAGGCGACGUCGUUCCUCGCGCCUGCACCACUAUUCUUCCCUCCUCUAUCGAUGUCCUCGAUAGUGCCCACCCGAGCACCGCAAACGUCGGCCAGCGAUUCACCCUCCGGCGCUCUGGCUCCCCAGGUUCCUCAGUGACCAACAAGAAGAUAUCUGCAUUCACCUUUACCGACAUCCCCGCCGGGGCCACCGGCUGCACCCUCCAGGUCAAUGUACCACCGUUGACCGCAGCCAACCAGAUCGCCAAGGGCUCCAACCAGGCAGAGUUCUGGACGACCAACGCCUGGACCGCCGCGAACGCACCGACCUGGAACAACCCACCAACCCGCGGCCAGAUGGUCUCUACCUUUCAGUUUCCGACGGAGGUGACCACCACCCUGACCCAGCAGAACCUGGCGUCGAAUACCUGCUCCAACACGAUGAGCUUCUUGGCGCUGCUGAGCGAUUGGCAGGGGGCGGAGGGACAGGUGGAUUUCACGCAGGGCGCGGAUCUUGGGUUCAAGUUGAUCUAUAACUGCUGAUCCACCUCUUCUCAGGAGUACCCAGUAGUCUGGGGUCUGCAUGUGGUUGGUAUGAUGGGACGAUGAUCGUGUUAUAUAGUAAUGUGAUGGGGGAUUUCGGGGCUGUUGUGUCUGUUGAUUUAGCUGAUCGAAGAUGCGUCUAUCUAGGCAUUCUCACGGAGAAAUAUAAUCAAGGAAGUGGAAUAGUGAGCUGCGAAACUAUAGUCAGCUUCCAGAG